GGAGGAGGGACGAUGAAGGCUAUAAAGACUGCCGUCUGUGCUCUGGGUUUGUCAGAAGCCUUCGAAUCUUACCUGCCUGUCCCUCCUCAAGCCUCCACCUGCCGACCGAGUUCUUCACUUCCUGAACAUUACGAUGUCUUUGCCAACUCCCUACUCGAAGAACUUUUCAAAAGUACUGGAAGCAAAUAGAAAGAUUGGAAUCGAUGCCGUCUUCAAAGGAGAUGGCGACAUAUUCACUGUCAUGCUGCUGUGUGAUGGAGACAACGAAAUGGCGGACGCGCUGCUCAUUUUGGACAUCGAUAGCUCUCAGAUUAAAAUUUCUUACCGCAAAGACGGCGUAAGAGAAACUCCCAAAAUAGUUCCAAGGUGUGACUGCAUAACGGACAAUCAGCUGCGUCUGUUCAUCGAAACGGAGACCAAACAAUUCAAGAUGACUCUAAACGAAAAAAAAUUGGAGAACCUUUCUUACAACUUUCCUCUGAAGAUGGUGAAAUCCAUCUGGAUCGACGGAGACAUUAAUCUUAACAAGGUCGCCUUGCCAGACGAUGCUAUCUAGGGAUCAGAUUCGAACCCUUUGUACUCCAGAAAAAUGAACUCAGUAAUUUACCUUCUAGUUCUCAUGUCUUGAUAUAAUACGCCUCCUCGGAAAUCAUGUCAAAUAUUCAAGUAUUUCAUUUGUUACUGGCUGUUUUGCUGUGAGUAGAGUAUUGCAGACAAGCAGAGAAAUUAGUUAAGCUAAUUUUUAUGUAUACUCAUCUUGGAAACAUAUUUGCCGCAGUUGUUUUUACAAUUCAGUAAACUAAGAUAAGGUGACCAGACGUCCCGCAUUAGGCGGGACAGUCCCGCUUUUGACCUCGUGUCCCGCCUGCUCAUCGGGCGGGACCCCCAAUGUCCCGCUUUCUGGCUUUCUAGCAAGUCCAUCAAACGUCCCGGUUGUCUUUAAAAAUCGGAAAACCGUACGCUGAUUCGGCGUUCUUUGACGGUUACGACACCAUCAUGGGCACCUGUCCCGCUUUCGCCCCCGAAACGUCUGGUCACCUUAACUAAGACAAGCAGAAAUUAUUAUCGUGGAAAAAAAUGGACAAACUAAGUAGACAUACAGAAAGAUCAACAAAGUAAGACUACUGACUAAUUCUGGGGAACUCAACAUUACAUGUAACUACUAUUGUAUCAUCACAUCGAAUAGUAAAAUAAAGUGAAUCACAAUUUACAAUUAUAUUAUAAACACAUUAGCUAUAAAUAAAGUGAAUGACAAUUUACAAUUAUAUUAUAAACAUUAAAAAUAACACAUUAGCUAUAAAUACUUCUGAAUAAUAAUAAUAACAGGUUUUCUUACCCAAUGAAUUGUAUUUCUUUUCUGCUUUCCUGUCCCAUUUAUUGCAAAUAAAAUUUU